AAAGAGCUGUCAAUCAAUGCACACAGAGCGCCGGAUAGAGCGGAGGCGGGCGCGAGUAAGAAAAUUAUAAGGUCAUUGGAAUUACCAGCGCUACAAGCCAUCGUUAUAAUGAAGCGAUAACAGAUAAGAAUGAAAAAAUGAAAUAAACCGGAGCAGAGUCUACCAAAGACGCCGCAGUUACUAGGUAAAAGGCAGGCGUGCGGCCGUUACACGCCGGUGCGCGUGAAUCCGCGCAGGUAAACGGCGGAGGUUUCGCUUAAGCCGAUCAAGGUGGGAUCGUACGGGACAGGUUCCCCUUCUGCUAUAAAAUACACGUUAUUGUGACCACGGACACCGAAACCGAGGAUGUUGCGGUUGGCGUGCUCCACGGCCCUUCUCUUCACGCUCAGGAUGUGCGUUGGACUCUCCUGGUUCCAGGUUCUGCCGUCCAUUUUUAUUUUCUUCCUGGGUUCUGGUGGAUGGAAGUCCUUACAUGUGUUUUCAAAGACCAUAUACCGCGAUUUGCAUGCAGCCAGUGUGUUGCUGAGGGUAAAACUCAAUGUCAAAAAGCACCUUCGUGAGCGCAACACCGUUCCCAAACUCUUCGCCAAGUCUGUCAAGAAAUACGGAGACAAGACGGCUCUGAUUUUUGAAGGAACGGGCGAGAAAUGGAGCUUCAAGGAGCUUGACGAGUACUCCAACCGCGUGGCUAACCUUCUGCUCCAGAGGGGCUUCACGGAGGGCGACGUGAUCGCUCUGUUCAUGGAGAACCGCUCUCAGUACGUGGGGCUCUGGCUGGGCAUGGCAAAGAUCGGAGUGGAGGCAGCUCUCAUCAACUUCAACCUGAGACUGGAGGCUCUGGUGCACUGUGUCAACAUCUCCAACGCCAAAGCCGUGGUGUUCGGCAGUGAGCUGACUGAUGCGAUGUGUGAGGUGCACAGCUCCAUGGGAAAGACUGUGAAGCUCCUCUGCUCUGGAGAAUGGGACCCUAAGCGGGUUCCUGAAGGGACGGAGCAUCUGGAGCCGCUGCUGGAGACGACCUCUACAAACCAGCCCAGACAACCAGACCGCAGCUUCACAGAUCGGCUCUUUUACAUUUACACGUCGGGGACCACUGGAAUGCCCAAAGCUGCUAUUGUUGUACACAGUCGGUAUUACCGCAUGGCUGCCUUGGUGUACUACGGUUUCAGAAUGAAGUCUGAGGAUGUGCUUUAUGACUGUUUACCACUUUACCACUCAGCCGGUAACAUCGUGGGAGUCGGACAGUGUCUGAUCCAUGGAAUGACUGUGGUGAUCAGGAAGAAGUUCAGCGCUUCAAAGUUCUGGGAUGACUGCAUCAAAUACAACUGCACAAUCGUGCAGUACAUUGGCGAGAUCUGCCGCUAUCUGCUGAAUCAGCCGAAGAAGGACACCGAGCACCAACACAAGGUGCGCAUGGCCCUCGGGAACGGCCUGCGUCAGUCCAUCUGGGAGGAGUUCACCAGCCGCUUCAACGUCCCACAGAUCGCAGAGUUCUACGGCGCCACCGAGUGCAACUGCAGCCUGGGCAACUUCGACAACAAGACGGGCGCCUGUGGAUUCAACAGCCGGAUCCUGCCCUAUGUUUACCCCAUCCGCUUAGUCAAGGUGAAUGAGGAGACCAUGGAGCUCAUCAGAGGACCGGAUGGAGUCUGUAUCCCGUGUGGUCCAGGAGAACCUGGUCAGUUGGUUGGCAGAAUCAUUCAAAACGACCCUCUCAGGCGAUUUGACGGCUACGUCAAUCAGUCGGCCACUAAUAAAAAGAUCGCUCACGAUGUCUUCAAGAAAGGAGAUAGUGCCUAUCUCUCAGGGGACGUGCUGGUGAUGGACGACUACGGCUACAUGUACUUCAGAGACCGCACAGGAGACACGUUCCGCUGGAAAGGAGAGAACGUCUCCACCACAGAGGUGGAGGGAACGCUGAGCCGCCUGCUGGACAUGAAAGAUGUGGUGGUGUAUGGAGUGGAGGUGCCAGGUGCUGAAGGCAAGGCAGGGAUGGCAGCCAUAGCAGACCCGGAGCACACCACAGACCUGGUCAAGUUUAGCCGGGACCUGGAGAAGGCCCUGCCGCCCUAUGCCCGGCCUGUCUUUCUGCGCUUCUUACCAGAAGUGAACAAAACAGGGACUUUCAAAUUCCAGAAGACAGACAUGCGACGGGAGGGAUUCGAUCCCAACGUCGUCUCUGACAAACUCUACUUCCUGGACUGCACUAAGGGACAGUAUGUGGAGCUGAAUGUGGAGCUCCAUCGCAGCAUCGUCUCAGGAAAGCAGAAAUUAUGAGACUACUGCCAACCUCCACUUGUUCCCUCAUCACAUCCCUCAUCGCUUCAGCAGCCCUCAAACCCCGCCCCCUCAUCACUCCGCCCUUCAUUACCUCAGCAAACACAGCGAGGGGCCGCAGGAACACAUUCUGGUUGUGUAUUAUUCAAAUCCCCGUCGAUUCAUUCUCACAGCCCACCCUUAAGACGGGACUGAGGUGGCAUUCAGCCAGGCAGCCAUCCCGAAAAACAAACAAAAAAUACUAAAAAAUUUGGCAAUUUAGCAAACAAGAAUACAAAAAUCAAACUGGAGGAAAAGGCACAAGGACCAAAAACAGGUCUGUCAAAUGGUAAAGCUUUCCCUUUGCCUCGGCUGCACAAUGCUCGCCUGCCUACAGGAUUCGAGACUGACACAUGUUCAUUUUGACGGUUUUGACAAGUGACUGCCCUCAUGAAUGCGCCCUCAAGCCCUGACCAAAACCACAAGGAUCGACGUGCAAUACAAACACAGCACUGGCUGUGCAAUUGCCAGCUGCCAUGCUGUUUAUUUAACAUGCACCAAAUAUAUUUAAGUUGUAGAAUAGCUCAUCAUCUAUAUACAAGUCAUGCUGCGUCGAAGACUGCACUGCUACUGUGUCCAUUGUACCACUCCAGACUUUUAGUAUGCAGCGUCAGCAUGGAAGCAGAUCAGCCCGGUGUGACAUUGUGCAGACUGGGCUUCAUGGGUUUGCUUCGUUUUGCUAGACGUGAAGACCGUUAAGUUCCCAGCGAGGACUCUCUACAGGACACUCUAGCGGAGUCUGCAUGGAGGCGAAUGAAAGUAGUGUAAUUCUCUGGUGCUAAAGAACGAACAUCCUGUCUGUCUGCAUCGUGGCGCCAGACUUAAAAGGGAAAAGGGUGGAAGCAGAGGAGAAGGAAGGGAAAGCGAUAUAGGCUAUUUGUUCUCCACGUUCUAGUUUUUCUUUCAGCAGCAUGAAUGAUUGACGCAAACAGAGCACUGUGCCUUACUGUCAGGUCAGAAGAUAGUGUUUUGCCCUCGUCCUGCAUCAUUACACUAAAUGACCCUAGACGUCCCUUCUAUGUCUUUUAGACAGCUAGCUUGUUUUCUAGACCUAGCUUGUACUCCCUUCCCAUCAUGCAAAGUGUCCAGCACUACAUCUAUGGGCAUCCUUUCCGUUUCAUGUGUAUUUAGCUCGAUCUCCUUUUGCGAACCUUCAUGUUCUCUAGUCCACUGACAGCUGAUUAUUUAUUUAUAUAUCGUAGCAAGAAUUGAAGUGUGUGUGCACGUGUGACGAGACCAUUUUGUGUGGCAGCACUUGAAUUUCUCCACGUCACUGUUUUGGCCACUAUAUAUUAACGUUCAGCACAGAUGUGGGAAAAGUGUUUUGACCUUAUUGAGGUGAAUUUCUCCAGAAACAUGUAUGGGUCAUGCAUCAACACAUUGUAAAAAUGUAUAGCCUAGAAAAUAAUGAAGCCUAUUUUAAGAUUUUUUGCCAUUUAUUUUCAUUAAAAUAUAAUGCCCCCACGCAGAUUAUCUCAUUCUCAUUACCGUAGUGACAAGAUUCAAAUUCACAUUGCCAUGCUGUCAAUUACAUUUUUGGCAAAAUGGCAAAAAAAAUCAAAUUUAUAUUAUCAUAAUAAAUAAAAUCUAAUUCUCUGUACAAUACCGUAAUGGCAAUAAAAACAUCAGUAUCAUUACUGUAAUUAAAAUAACAUCUUAUUUUCACUACUGUAAUAACAAAUUUAAUUUGCAUUACUAUAAUGACAAUAAUGAAAUCAGAAUCAGAAAGAGCUUUAUUGCCGAGUAAGCUUGCGCAUACAAGGAAUUUGUUUUAGUGACAUAAGCUUCCAGUACACAGAGACAACAACAACACAGACAAAAGAAAAAAAAUUGUAAAUAUAAAGACAAAUAUUGCAAAAUUAAGUCAUUACUGUAAUGACAGAAAAUCAAGUUUGCAUUACUGUAAUGAUAUUAAGAUAUCUUUCUCAUUACUAUGAUGACAAUAAAAUCCUCAUCACUUUACCAUAAUGACAAUAAAAUCUCAUUCUCAUUGCCAUAACGACAAAAAAAAAAUCCUCGUCCUCAUUUCCGUAAUGGCAAACAAACUCAUCGUUCUCAUUACCGUAAUGACAAACAAAAUCAUUCUCAUUACCGUAAUGACAAACAAACUCAUCGUUCUCAUUACCGUAAUGACAAACAAAAUCGUCCUCAUUUCCGUAAUGGCAAACAAACUCAUCGUUCUCAUUACCGUAAUGACAAACAAAAUCAUUCUCAUUACCGUAAUGACAAACAAACUCAUCGUUCUCAUUACCGUAAUGACAAACAAAAUCCUCGUUCUCAUUGCGGUAAUGGUUGAAAAAUUAAGACUUUUUAUUAAUUAGAAUUAGCAUAAAUUAAACUCGGUAAAACAAAUUAAAAGGAAUUAGUUUAUUCAUUCAAAAUGUAUACAUUGUUCUUUUUUUCAUUUGGGAUGAAGUGAGAUUUACUCAAAUAGCUGUACAUGUGAUUUAAACUUCAACUGAUACUUAAAAAGAUAGUUCACCCAAAAAUCAAGAUUCUGUCAUUUAUUAUUUACCGUCAUGUCAUUCCAAACCAGUUCAUCUUAAGAACACAAAUUAAGAUAUUUUUUGAUGAAUUCCGAGAGCUCUCUGACCCUGCAUAGACAGCAAGGAUCCUAACAAAAGCAAGAUCCAGAAAUGUAGCAAGGACAUCGGUAAAAUAGCCCAUUUGACAUUAGUGGUUCAGCUGUAAUUCACAAAGCUAUGGGAAUAAUUUUGGUGUGCAAAGGAAAAAAAUAUAUAACGACUUUAUUCAACACUUUGUCUCCUCCAAGUAACUCUAGCGCAAUUUUGGAGAGUGGCACAUAUGUAAACAGCAUAUGCUUUUUCUUUGUGCACAAACAUAAUCGUAGCUUUGUAAAAUUACAGUUGUACCCCUGAUGUCACAUGGAUUAUUUUACUGAUCUCCUUGCGUUUCUGGACCUCGAUGGUGUUAAUUACAUUGCUGUCUAUAGGGGGCAUCAGAGAGCUCUCAGAAUGCAUCCAAAAAAAUCUUAAUUUGUGUUCCAAAGAUUAUCGAAGUGGUUACGGGUUUGGAACAACAUUAGGGUAAGUAAUUAAUGACAGAACUUUCAUUUUGGGGUGAGCUAUCACUUUAAAGCCAAGGGUGCAGUAGUGAUGUCAUUGGUUAGUCAGCCAAUCAGAUGCAGUUGUCUCCAUCAAUAACUGUUCCUGUUUUUAUUUUGUUGUUUGCCCUUUCCUUUUAUCACUUGUUUGUUUUGUUUUGUUUUUGUUUUUUUUGUUUUGUUUUGUUUUUUAUUGUAAAGUAAUAAUGAUGUGUAAUGAUUUGUUGUGAUUUGUUUGUUAUUUCUCCGUUAAUCUUUUAUUCAGUUUAUUUGUUUGUUCUGGGUGUGUGAAGGAGAGGGAAAGCACAUCUUAUGCUCUGAGUUAUAUGUUAGACACAAUAUGACGUCUGAAAUCUGCUCUACAGACAUUUCUUUCUCUCGUGAUAGUGUGUAUUAGAGUUUGUGUCCUAUGACAGCAGGAAUCCUCACCAUGAGGCUUUUGCUGAGGCCUCUCUUGAAUAACUCUCCCAGUUAAAGGCAUAGUUCAACCCUAAAUGAAUCGCCUCAUGUCUUUCCAAACCUGAGUGCUGAUCAUUUUAAUGGAACACAACAUUUGUCACAUUCUGAAAUGUGCAAAAAAAAAUAAAAUCCAACUUUUUCGGAGUCCUCUAAAGCGAUGUGAUACUUUUAUGUGAGAAGAAGAGCAGAAUUUGUUUGUAUUCCUUUUACUGAAGCUUUCAGAUGUCCUUCUCCAUUUCACAUAUUUAAAAAAGCAGUGUCAUAUUGACGACAAACAGACCAGGUGUAAUAAAAAAUUUUCAGAAGGCCCCCGUCAUCAGUAAAUUUCAACUUGAAAACUUCAAUUUCAGUCUAUUUUAUGGUCUAUUUUUAUUUUUCCUUUUUAGAAUUUUCAUGAAGAUUCUUCUGUGUUCCAAAAAAAAGUAAAUACAAUUACACAGGUUUGGAAAAACAUAAAAGUGAGGAAUGAUGACAAAGCUUUUGACAUUUUUGGCUAAACAAUCUAUUUAAAGUUGUGUAAAAAGACACACUUGAAGACACACAAAUGACCUUCAAUUUCAGUAAUGUGUUUUGACCAGAGAUUACUGCGUUUUAAUUUAAUGUCUUUAUUCAUAUAUCGUAAAUGCGUUAGCGAUGUGAAAUACAAAACCAGUGCUGUGUAUAAUUUUUGUAUUUAUUUAUUUUUUUAAAUACUUAGAAAAUGGACAGGGUUUUUUAUGAUACAGUAGAAAUUCUCAGUUUCAGUCCAAAAUUCAUCAUUUCAAAGGAUCGGUUUGUGUGUGCAAGUGUGUUUCUGGUUUUUUAUUUCAUUUUUUCUCUCUGAAUGAUGUGACACUGUUAGCAGCGUUGUUGUUGUUCAGAUGAUAAAUGUUUCCUCCUCAUGCAAAGAAUGGCUGCAAAAUUGUGUUAAUGUUUUCACUGAUAAUUAUUUUAUGAGGGAUAUCUCGUUUUUACUGUGGAUUUUUUUUAUGAUACAAAGGACCAUUUUCAAGUCACAUAACUUAUGUGUUUUAUCUUGUUUUACUGAGCACCAAAGCCAAUGUAUUUUGUUAGUAAGGAAGAAAACUGACCUUUUUUUCCUCAGAUAUGUUUAUAAAUUGUACCGAUUUGUCACCCUUCUGAAAAGACUGAUCAUAAAUGCACUUUUAUUUAGUCUAUUUCUGUUCAGUACUCAGGAACAACAUGCAGAGGCAGAUGAGAGAAGGGAAACUAUGAGUGUGUGUGUGUGUGUGUGUGUGUGUUGAUGUAGAGAGAGAUGUGUGAGGUGUGCCGCGUCACACUGAAGUCCUCUUGUCUCAAAGACUAGCUGUAAAUCACGCUUUUUCGAAACAGUGGCAUCCAAGAAUCAAUAUUAAUAAAAAAUAUAUUAAUUCUCUGUA